GAACGGAGAGAGACAACCCCACCCACAUUUUCCACCUCGCUCCCGUGAAUUCGAACCACCAACUUCCCCGUCACAGUUACCGCUUCUAAAUCAGUCACUAGCUGUAAAGAAGCCACGGAGAUCCCCCGUGUGCCCUCGAGUAACUUGUAAUCUUGGUUCUCCUUUAAAUUUUUCUCCGUGGCUGGGUACUACAUCUGCCACUACCAUCAGCAGCAGCAGCGCUGCUUCUUGAUGUUGUGGUCGGGAAUACGCAUGCGCCCGGCAUUGGAAUUACUGCACUGGCAAGAAUAAGUUGGACCUCGUCUGUCUUGACAAAAAGAAAAAAACACAUAACAUAAGUAUGGCAGUGUUCAGAAUAAGAAGAAUGAGGUGUUUUUGCGUCUUGCUGUUCCCUCUCGUAGUGGCCGUGGCGUGCGCCCAAAGUGCCGGUGUCAGUGACCCUAGCAAUAUGUCUUUGGUUAAAGAAACGGUGGAUAGACUGUUGAAAGGUUAUGAUAUACGAUUGAGGCCAGAUUUCGGAGGUCCUCCGGUUGGAGUGGGAAUGAAUAUAGACAUAGCCAGCAUAGACAUGGUAUCAGAAGUCAAUAUG